GCAGCUUCAACGGCGGGAACAAAUACUGAGACUAGCAAGUAGGCUGUUAAUUCUAAGCGCAGAGAGUACCUCGCUCGCUGAUCUGCACCAGCUAUGCGUAGCUGAUGCAUAGGUCUCUUGCUAAACAUGGCCUAACACACAGUCUCCAGGCAUUGGCCCUGCGCCGAACCCUUACUCGAGUUACCCCGGGGAGCUGGAAGCCAGGGUUGAACGGGGGCCGAGCGUCUCAGUCUUCCGACCGUCAUGAUGCUUUGUUAGCUGGUGGCUUUACCAGUCAGCCGACCAAAUCGUCAGGUUCGCAAACGCUUCACGAGCCGCAGGGGAAUAAUACAUCCAACACUAAGGUUCCGUGGACGGAUGGACAGAAGGAAAAGGCAGAGGAAGGAGGACAGAGCUCUGAGGACACUGGCCGCCAAUACCUAAGAAGACUCCUCCCACCUAAACGCUACCCGCCGCUGCUUCGCGAAAUUCAACAACGUGGACGCAACUACAAGGUCCCAUCCAAGAAAGGCCGCACUCAGAAGCCCCUGGAUCGGAGCAUUGCGUCUACCGAAACGCUGGAAGACGAGUUGAAAUGGGUUGCACGAAAUUAUCCGCACCCACACGCAAUCCGAAACAUUCUGAAAAUCCUGAUUGAAGACCGCAAAGUUAAGCCUUCAGCUGCUCAUUAUGAAGCAUUGAUUCUUGCCAAUUGCUUGCCUGAACUUGGAUCGGUGGGAAACCUCAAGAUCAUACUGGAAGAAAUGGAGCGGGAGGGCGUGCUGAUUGAACCCGCUAUAUAUUAUGCAGUCUUGACGGUUCUCGCAGUCCAUCCGGACACCUAUCUUCGUACCGCCAUCAUUCAGAAACUCCGUGAGCAAUGGAUUACGAUCCCGGAACAAUACGCCCACUUUAACGUUGUGGCCAUGAUCCGGGAAGGCCAGCUCGAGCUUGCGACAGUUGAGAUGGAGAAUCUACAGCAGAAACAAAUCCCUAUUCCACCCUGGAUAUGGACCAUCUAUGUCCACGCCAUUUGCGAUCGGCACGAUUUCGAGGGCUUGCUGCAAGUCUUGUAUCAAUUGUCUGAUAUGGGGUUCUUCUUUCCCCGACCGACGCUGCUGCAUGUUCUCAUCCAGGCAUCUCAGCACGGCUGUUUGGACGUCACAAAAUGGGUCUGGUAUGGAUAUGUUGAGACAAUGCAUAUCAUGCCGAAUGAAGAAUUAUGUAUUGAUGUUCUACGAUUAGCAGUGACUAAUGAAGAUCGUAAACUGGCGGAGUCUGUCAUUGUUGUGCUGGAGAGUGUUGCUGGAGACGUCCUCACUGCGCCGCCGAGUCUGGUGGACAAGCCGCCUCCAACUAAGCACGAACUCUGGAGCCUGACUUUCGAUUCGCCAGAUCUUCCUGGAAUGGAAGACCUUUCGGUUGAUACUGGGGCUCAGGACGGCAAUGAGACCAGCAACAGGGCUGGAACUGGAACCAACAACGCAGUUGAUAAUGCUGGGAAAAACUCCAAAGCGGGCUCUGCGUCUUUGUCGUCAUCACGCUCGCCAUCUACAUCAAAAUCAUCCGCCCCAAAGUCCAGAUCCGAAUCCAAGCGCCUUGCCAUGGCAUUUUCGACUCCGCUCCCGUUGCCGCCCCCACACAAACCGCCUCCGCCGCGCCCAUUGCCAGAGGAAGCUAUACAGCUUCUCGAGAAAUUAGGAAUUAAAUAUUUUCCUACCCGGCGCGGUCGCAAACGGCGUGGCAAUCUUUAUCCCUUGUUCAGGAAGGAGAGCGGGCUACGAGGCGCAAGAUUUGACCCCCAGCUCGCGCUCGUGCAAGGCUGGGAAUGGCGGAAGAAAUAGAGAGCCCUGGCAGUGAGGUUCAUAGAGGACGAAUCCAGACACCUGUUGAUCUGGGAUGUGCCAGCUCUAUAUACAGGCAGAAAAGGGGGUAUGGUUACUGGUUGUCAAGAGAGUUUGAAAUACUGUGUUCCUGGAACAAGGCCACUUGGCUAAGGCCCUUAUCAACAUGUUAUCUAUAUUGGUAUAAGAACAGGCUUCACAAUCCUCACCCAUGAAUGUUCCGUUGUUCCUUUUUGUCAACCCUCUUGUUCCGUCCUGCUCACCCUCUUGCGUGUCUAUUGUCUUAAUUCUCCUGGGUUGUCACGUUCACCCAUCUGGGUUACUACCAUCACCGC